AUGACGGCUCGUCGCGGUCUGGCAAAACUCAAGGGCGCAUUGUCGGAAAGGAUCGCUCCAAAGACAGCUCCUGCAGCGGCGCCGCCCUCACAAUCUCAGCAGAGAUUGCCGGACAUCAGCAUCCCGUCCUUCAAGGGCGUGUACAAGGCAUGGCCUACGUAUCGCGAUCUUUUUAAGGCGGUCAUUUAUGUUAGCCAACGGCUCACAGACGUGGAGAAACUCCACUAUCUGCGAUUGUCACUCGAAGGCCCGCCUGCUCAGCUCAUUUCCGGUUUGCCUCUCACCGGCGACUCGCUCAAACCCUCGUGGGAGAUGCUCGUCGAUCGCUACGAGAACAAACGUCUGCUCAUUCAAUCUUAUCUGGACCAGCUCUUUGCCAGCUCAACACCGGUGCAGAAGAACGCCGCGGCACUGGACAAGCUGCUCAACACGUUCAAGGAGGGCAUCAAGGGCCUCCAAUCCUUGGGCGUCUUGCAGGAUCUGGGCGACUGCAUCCUAGUGUACCAGUUGUCUAGGCAGCUAGAUCGCCAAACCAAGGAGCAGUGGGAGACGUCGUUGUGCGCCGCGCGCGAGUACCUGCGAUUCGUGAAACUCGAGCAAUUUCUCACCUCGCGAGCACAAGCACUCGAGAGAAUCGAGUCAACAGCCAGCUCUGGAAGCUUGGCAGGGGCUGCUUCAACAACACGGCGCUCCUCGACGGCUCAUCAUGCGGCAGCUCAACCGGCACGCACUACUACAUCAGACGGCUCAACGGAGUAUCCGUGCGACUGCUGCAACGGCACGCACUUCGUAGUGACGUGCCCUAAAUUCAGGGAACUCUCACCGGGCAAUCGACAGAAGCUAGUCAUCUCACGGAGGCUGUGCUUCAACUGCCUCGGCCGUCUCAACAUUCGUUCAUGCAAGAGCUAG